UAUGAGAUUUUUCUGAAACACAAAAGCUUUCUCUUCUCCUGUUCUGGUUUAGUUUGGUUUGGUUUGGUUUGGUUUAGUUUUGGUUUUGGUUUUGUGUUGGGAAAUGGGUGAGGUUGUGGUGAGUAGUGAGGAGAUGAAGACAGAGAGUGAGAAGCAGAGAAGUAGAGAGAUGAGGAACAAUGGUGGUGAUGACUCAUCAAGUGGGGUUGUGAUGAGGUGGGAGAAGCUUCUGCCUGGAAUGAACAUGAGGGUCUUGUUGGUUGAGGCAGAUGACUCUACUAGGCAUAUUAUAGCUGCUUUGCUCAGGAAAUGUAGCUACAGAGUUGCUGCCGUAGCUGAUGGCUUAAAGGCUUGGGAAAUACUGAAAACCAGAUCCCAUAAGAUAGACCUUAUACUGAUGGAAGUAGAUCUGCCAUCAAUAUCUGGAUUUGCUCUGCAUACGCUAAUCAUGGAACAUGAAAUCUGCAAAAACAUUCCUGUUAUAAUGAUGUCCUCCCAGGAUUCGAUUAACACAGUUUACAAAUGCAUGACAAGAGGUGUUUCUGACUAUCUUGUUAAGCCAAUUAGGAAAAAUGAACUGAGAAACCUGUGGCAGCAUGUUUGGAGGAGACAAUCUUUGGCCAGAAAUAACCCCCAGGAUGAGAGUGUCGGACAACAAAAGAUUGAAGGCACAUCUGAUAACGAUGUUGCAAUCAAUGAAUCCAGUGGCUAUGUGGCAUGUGCUCAGAGGAAUAAGGAAAACAUUGAAAAAGAGACUGAUUCUCAGAGCUCUUGUACAAAGCCAGAUUUUGAGGCUGAGAGUGUGGAUAUGCAAGAAUUUUCGCAGAAGAUACAGGCUAAGAAUUUUCUGGAUGACUUGAGAGUGCAGAAAGAUGAAGGGAACACCAAUUCUGGCGAAAAGUUGCUUAUGCAUGAAAAUGAAGCCGGAGGUGCAGCAGGUCCUAGGAGAGAUGCUAAUAUGGACAGUGAGGCUUGCGAUGAUAACGAUCUCCUUGGUGACUCUUCAAGAAAUGUCACCGACUUCUUUGGAGUAUCCAGCGGUUAUCCAAUUAGCAACCAGAGAAAUUCUUCAUCAAGUAAUAGACCUAGUACAUAUGAUUCUGCUCCGCAGUUGGACCUUUCCUUGAGAAGAUCUGAUUCCAGUGGCUUUGAGACUCAAGUUACUGAGAAGAGGCAUAGCCUGGGCCACUCUAACGCCUCAGCCUUUUCAAGAUACAUAACCAGACCAUUGCAGCCCCAGAAUUUAUUGACUGGCAUAAACGAGCGACAAAAGGCAUAUGAAACUACUUCUGAGAAGCCUGCAUCCCCUGUAGAUAUGGAUUGUGAUACUCCUGCUGCCACUUCAAGUAUUCCAAGGAGUGUCAUCACUUUAGCCACUGGUCAGUCUAAGCAGUCUGAAAUUGGAACAUCAGGCCCUCAACUGAGAUUGUUUCCUCUUCCUGUUCCCGUUAAAGGUGUAAGGUUUAACAAUAUAUGCAACGGAUAUGGUACUGCAAUGCCUCCAACGUUUUGCACACAGUCAAGUCCAUCACCAAUGCCAAGUACAGCUGCCCAGCAGGAACCCUCAUUUCUAUUAAGUGCAUAUUAUCCAACUAAUCCUCAAAACCAUAAACCAGAGCAUGUGUACGACCCAGCUUAUCAUAAUUCCAAGGCUGCGAUGGAACAGACGAUGCAGCAACUGGAACAAAGAUUUGAUGAGGAUCGAGGGCAUAUCUCUCCAAACAAUGAUCAGAGUGCAACUAGUAGUUUUUGCAAUGGCAAUGCUAGUCAUCUCAAUAGGAAUAAUAGCGUGGGGUAUGGAAGUGCUUGUGGCAGUAACAACGUUGAUCAGGCUAAUCAGGCGGCCAUAUUUAGGCCUGCUACAGAGAGCAAGAAUGAGGACAGCUUUAAUCAAAGUGGAAAUAAUCGAUCCAUCCAAAGAGAAGCAGCUCUAAACAAGUUCAGGUUGAAGAGGAAAGAUAGAUGCUAUGAGAAGAAGGUUCGUUAUGAGAGCAGAAAGAAGCUCGCAGAGCAGCGUCCUAGAAUAAAAGGACAAUUUGUUCGUCAAGUUACUGAUCCUUCACCUACAGAAGCUGAUGGAAAUGCAUAUGAUGAUUAACUAGCAGCAGGUUCUUGUAGAGUUUACGUUGCACCAUUUUCAUUUCUUGAUGUCCAGAGUUUAAGUUACACCAUGUAUAUCCCCUUACAAUACAGGGCUGUAGUUUUUUGUAUCUUCUUUUGUAAUCUUCUUAGGACUGGCUUAGUCUUUUUUUUUAUCGAAUUAGGACUGGCUUAGUCAUUCUUUCCCUAUAUACAUAGGUUUGUUCAUUCUGACUUUCCUGUCAGUUGGUAUACAAACUACAUAUGUACUCAUUAUGAUCACCUUCCUCUUACUAA